AUGAGGAAAGGAGAACUUAGUAUCAAAAACCAUGAAGAUGCAACGCAGAACAACAAAAAUACACUGAUUUCUAGUAUAUUACCGUACGAUGUUCUUAGAUUAAUUUUUGAAUAUUUGAAUAGCAGGGAUCUGACGAAUGCUGCAAUGGUUUGCAGAUCUUGGUUAGAAGCUGCGAAUGACGAAAAAUCGACAAGACUAAAUCCUUGCUUUAUAUCUUCUAACGAAGACAGCGAUUUGUUAAAUCAUUUGAUCAAGAAUCUAAGAAUUGAACCAUCAUUCUGUUUCUGUUUUACGUGGGUCACAGUUUUAAGAAAGGAGUGUAACACAGAGGAGCGAAUUGAAGCAAGACUAAAGUUAUUUAAGAACGAAGUGAAAUUAAAAAAACAUUCCUUAGGAUUUAUGUUCGCGUCCUUGCAUCGCAAUAUUAAAACUAAUGUAGAAUCAACAAUAUUCAAAAGAUUAUUCCCCAAAAUACCCUUAGUAGGUAUGAAUAAUUUCUUCAAGUUCAAAUUAUCUAAUAUCUGCGAUAAACUAAAUAACGAAAAAAAUAUUCAUAAGGAACAUGAAUCUGAGAGAUCUGAAUUUUGCUAUUAUUGCACUAUAUUUUUGAUACUUACGUAUGGGUAA